UGAAGCCGUUUGGCAGCAAGGCGUCCUUCGUUCUCCUUUUCGAGGUGGGGGUUGGCAAUGGCGCGCAGCCGCGCACACGAGUAGGUUGCCUCCUCCCCUCCCGUCGCGCCAUCUCCAUGCCGCCUCGCCGCAUCCUCCUCCUCCUCCUCCCCCACGCCUCCACCCCUCUCGCCCCCGCCAACCUCCGCGCUCUCUCAGCUUCCGCCUCCACCCCGUGCGCCGUCGCGCCCCACCUGUUCGGCGGAAUGCCUCGUGGCCCCGACCUCCUCGCGCGGCUCCCCGCCGAGCUCGCGUCCUUCGCCCGCGCGCGCGCCGCGGGGAUCGCGCCCAGCCACUUCGCCUACGGCGGCGCGCUCGCCGCGUGCGCCGCCGCGGGGCGGGUCGCGGUGGCCGAGCAGGUCUACUGCGCCGCCUGGAAGGACGGGCUCUCCGGCAACGCGUACGUCUGCAGCGGCAUGGUGGACCUGCUCGCCAAGAGCGGCCGCCUCGGGGACGCGCUCAGGGCGUUCGCGGACGGGGACCCGAGCAGCGCCGUCUGCUGGAGCGCGGCGAUCUCCGGGGCGGUGCGGAACGGCGAGGACGGGCUCGCCGUCGAGAUGUUCCGUGAUAUGGUGUGGGGUUCGUGCGAGCCCAGCUCGUUCACUUAUUCCGGGGCCCUUAGCGCGUGCGCGGCGGGUGCGGAGCUGAGCGCUGGCCGGGCGGUGCAUGGUCUUGUGCUUCGGCGUGAUCCUGAGUACGAUGUGUUUAUUGGAACGUCGCUUGUUAAUAUGUAUGCAAAAUGUGGUGAUAUGGAUGCUGCCAUGAGGGAGUUCUGGAGGAUGCCAGUCCGGAAUGUGGUUUCAUGGACCACCGCGAUUGCUGGUUUCGUUCAGGAAGAUGACCCAGUUAGUGCGAUGCUGCUGCUAAGGGUAAUGGUGCGGAGUGGGGUGGUGAUCAACAAAUACACAGCCACGAGUAUCCUGCUCGCAUGCUCUCAGAUGUCUAUGGUACAAGAGGCUAGCCAGAUGCAUGGUAUGAUUAUGAAGACAGAGCUGUACUUGGAUUGCGUUGUCAAGGAGGCUUUGAUUUCAACAUACACAAACAUGGGGUGCAUUGAGUUGUCAGAGAAAGUGUUUGAAGAAGCUGGCACAGUAAGCAGUAGAAGUAUCUGGUCGGCCUUCAUAUCUGGGAUCAGUAACCAUAGCCUUCUGAGAUCACUUGAGUUGUUGAAGAGGAUGUUUCUUCAAGGUCUAAGACCAAAUGACAAAUGCUAUGCUUCCGUUUUUAGUUCUGUUUCAAUUGAUAUUGGCAGACAACUUCAUUCAUCUGCCAUAAAAGAUGGGCUCAUUAAUGCUAUUCUUGUUGGCAGCGCACUCUCUACCAUGUACUCCAGAUGUGAUAAUAUGCAGGAUAGCUACAAGGUUUUUGAAGAAAUGCAGGAACAAGAUUUAGUCUCAUGGACAGCAAUGGUUGCUGGUUUCGCUACACAUGGCCAUUCAGUUGAGGCAUUCCUAACGUUCAGGAAUAUGAUUCUUGAUGGUUUUGAGCCAGACCAUGUUUCGUUAACUGCCAUUCUUUCAGCUUUGAAUGGACCAGAGUGUUUACUCAAAGGGAAGGAAGUUCAUGGACACGUCCUUCGUGUCUAUGGAGAAACCACAUUCAUUAACGAUGGUCUUAUUUCCUUGUAUUCGAAAUGUCGAGUAGUACAAGCAAUCUCACUAUUUCAGCUUAUGAUGGCGGCAGGUUCUCGAAUAGACGGUUUUAUAUGCUCUUCUAUUCUUAGCCUAUGUGUUGACAUGGCAAGACCAUUCUAUUCUAGAUCAUUACAUGGAUAUGCAAUUAAAUCAGGUAUACUGGCUGAUCUUGCAGUAAGCAGUUCACUUGUGAAGGUGUACUCAAGAAGUGGCAAUAUGGAUGACUCUCGUAAAUUAUUUGAUGAAAUAAGUCUCCCGGAUUUAGUUGCAUGGACCACUAUAAUUGAUGGGUAUGCUCAGCAUGGAAGUAGCCUGAAUGCCUUGGCAAUGUUUGAUUCGAUGAUUCAGCUUGGGGUAAGACCAGAUACUGUUGUGUUGGUGAGUGUUUUGUCUGCAUGCAGCCGUAAUGGUUUAGUUGAGCAAGGAAUUAACUAUUUUAAUUCAAUGAGAACUGCAUAUGGGGUUGAGCCAGAGUUACAUCACUACUGUUGUAUUGUUGAUUUACUUGGUCGAUCUGGGAGGCUUGCAGAGGCAAAAUGUUUUGUUGAUAGCAUGCCUAUAAAACCUGAACUGAUGAUAUGGAGCACGCUACUCGCUGCUUGCAGAGUUCAUGAGGACACUGUACUUGGAAGGUUUGUAGAAAAUAAGAUCCGUGAAGGAAAUUACGACUCAGGUUCUUUUGCAACUCUGUCGAACAUACUUGCAAAUUCUGGAGAUUGGGAGGAAGUAGCUAGAGUCAGAAACACAAUGAAGGGUGUAAAUAGAGAACCUGGAUGGAGUAUGGUGUAAACUGAAAUGCUUGAGGAGACAUACAAAAACGAGGAAUGCAGCACAGCAUCUAGAAACAUAUAUUUCAUGAGGCAGUGAGAUCAGCUAGAAAGAUAAAAGUACCUUGGCCGAAUAAUUUCUACUAUAACCAAGACACUGCAGAGUAUGUUCAUGAUUAACUAUUUUUUAUUAGCAAACGUGCUAAAUCUUGACUCAGUUGGAGUGAUGAUUUCCGGGAAAUUGGAAAUGAACACCAGUUGGUUUUAUGUGGUUCUGUUCGUGGUAAAGGCCUGGCAGUUAUCAAAAGUUCCCACUCUUGGAAGAACUGAGUUUGUGAUUCUUCUUGCUGUACUUCAUUAACUAUUCACUUUAUGAGAAUUUUCAUACUUGACAUAUAUAGCACACCCCUAAUUCUCAGAGGAAGCAUACGAUCUUUAUAUUACCGUGGAGCGUGCAUUCUGAACCUUUCAACCAAAAAAAAAGUCAUCAUGCCUGAGUUGGGAACAUCGAAUCAACGGAGCUAUUAACUGGACAGUAAACUUGCAGCUAGAGCUAUAUCUUGGAGCCGUGUAUUGACACUUGAUAUGAUCUACUGCUCUUGACAAAAACAAUAGGCAGUUGUCAUGUAUACAAACCUAUAUUUUUGACCAUUUAAGAAAUCACUGGCCAUGCAACUUGGCAUUUCAAUGAUAUCGGAUCUUAAAAAAUUGUGGAGGGUGUAAAAUAGCAUGACUUUUUGUUUACAUUAGUGGGCUGAAUAACAACUAUGCCCCUGGUUUACAUUCACAUGCGAGCAUUUAAUAUUUUGCAAAGGAGUAUUUUUCACACCCCCAAAUCUUACAGGCAUCUAAUGACUGUUACAGAGAUGGAAUGGACCAAGAACUCUAGAGAGCAACGUUUGACAUCCUGAUCCCGGUAAUACUAUAAUGGAGCCAUGAACAUCAUUUGUUUCUCAUUGAAGUUACUAGAGAAGUCAGGAAGACAGACUGCAGACCAAUCAUACAGCAAGGAAAGAACAAUCAGUGAAUCAGUGCCCUCUGUUCACGCAGACAAUGUAUGAACAGCCACUGACAGGGAAAAUUCAUGUCAAAUUCGUUGGGCCGACCUGAAAGCUACUUACAACGAUACAGGAAAGUACAAUGCAUUUGUUAUGGCAAUUAUUUUCCU